AAUGUGCACAGUAAGACUGCAAAAUACCCAUAUCUUGGGUAGUAACCAGUCAGAAAUUGGUUGUGCAAUUGUGGUAAUAGAAUGGACUGUGAACAAAAGGGAGUAAGUUGCCUGAUAACUGACAAUUGUGUGCUGCUAUGACCAGACUACAAAAGUAUAGAUCAGUAUAGAUCAGAGUACAGUUGCCUUGUAUGUACAUUAAUACUAAUAAUUGAUCCUAGCUGCAUUAUCUUCAGGGAGGAAGAGAAAACAUCAGUGGAGGUGAAUCACUGGAAACUUCCUGCUGACAAUUGUCUUUUAUCAUUUAAUUCUGAUAUUGUGGGUGUAGCUGCACUGCAGAACAAAUAAGAAUAAACUUCCUCAUAUAAGGUAGAUAGCCUGGUCUGGGGAAUGCCUAGCUGUGUUUCUAAUCCUCACACAUUCUGAACAAGAAGGAGAGAAGCAGUUAAAGACUAGCUCAUCUGUAGGAGAAGGAGCAGUUGGAAAAGCAGCAGCACUUUCUGGAAUACUCACACACACAAUCAUGAAGAACUCAAUGACCUUUGAGGAGCAAACAGAGCAAAUUGUGGAAGCAUUACUUUCUGACUUUAUCCCUAAGAAACCAAAAAUAAUGUAUGAAGGCCCUAAGAAAGAAAAAGUAAUGCUUCGUGGCCUAGAAGUCCAGCCUCAAGGGAUGUCUCAUGCAGGUAAGAUAAUUUGUUUGUGGGGAAGUAUGGACAUUUGUAGAGAAAUGUGUUGGUCCCUUUUUCACUUGAGGCUUGUGGAAUUAGAGAUUGUUGCUGGAUAUUGGGUGUCUGGAAGCAGCACUGCAAGCACUUUCGACCCAGUUACUAUUGCCAGCCGGCUUCGAGACAUAGGAGAUCAGUAUAAUGAGGAUUUGGGGCAGCUAGGAGAGAUGAUCAUUGCAGAGGUAACCAAGGGAAAGUUGGAAAAAUUCGGAGAAACUGUUGAUUCUCUCAGCAAGCAGUGGAUCAGUCAGAAUUCCGGGCUGCAAUAUGAAACAGCUUUCCUGGCUGUUGCUGUGAAGUUGUUUGUGUAUGUUGCACAGAAGACUCGCAAUGCAGCCUCACGAGAGUUACUUACAGGAGCAAUAAAUGAAAACCCGCAAGUGAGAGGCUAUAUUGAAAGGCAAGGUGGCUGGGAGAACCUUUGAAACCAAAGAGGACAAAAAUACCCUCUAAUUCCCCACUUCCAAUAUAAGAAGACUUCUUGUGCUUCAUCACUUCAAAGAAAAAAGGGUUGGAGAAAGAGUUCCUGCAUUGGAGUUGCCCAGUAGAGGUGCCCAAAAUCUGCAAAGAAAUAAAAAGAAAACAAAAAAGACAAUGGCGAGGACUGUAUGCUGCUAGCUAUCAGUGAUACCAUAGGCAUGAUCCAGCAGCUUGCUCAUGUAACUACAUUCCACACAAUACUUUAAAUUGCAACUACCUGGCCAACUGGAUAAUUAAUUGUAUUUUUCUAGUUACUAUAUAUUUGUGCUUUGAAUGCUGGGGGAAAUGCAGUAUCCCUGAAACUCAAGACCCAGAAGCCUGGGACACAAAUCCCAGUUCAGCUCACAAAGCAGCCUUGAACAUUUCAGUGGAUCUUUAUUUUCCUGUCUGUAAAAAUAAAGAUAGCAGUGAACUCUUUCAAAGGAAAAUAAUCAUACAGCACUUUAGCAUAUGAAAAGCACUAUGCAAACUAUUAUCAAGUUCUUAGAAGAUGUGAACUGUAAACAAGUUGCUUUUGCUUAUGCUGAACAGACUUCUUUAGUUCCAUAUUCUGAUUAUGUUAUAUAAAUUGGAAAAAAAUGCCCUCUUUCUGAGAUUAUAUUUGUCUGUGUCACUUGCCCAUAUAGCAUGCAUAUAGCUUUCAGUUUGAAUCAUCUGAGGGCAUUUUACUAAAUUUAUUCUUUAAGCCUGACCUUCAGGUAACUCUGAUAUGGUUCACCUUGCUCAUGUAUGCUCUCUGCUUGCCUGUACACACUAUAAUCUGAAUCAUAAGGCUGAACUGAGUAUGGGUGAUU